AUGGCCCCAUCAUCAUCAUCAUCUUCGAAGAGGCACCCACUGUAUCAUGGAAUCCGGUGCCGGGGAGGGAAAUGGGUGUCUGAAAUCCGAGAGCCACGUAAGGCGUCACGCAUUUGGCUUGGCACAUUCCCAACACCAGAAAUGGCUGCAGCAGCCUAUGACGUGGCAGCAUUGGCUUUGAAAGGUGAAAGUGCUGUUCUCAACCUUCCUCAUUCCGUUGCUAAGUACCAAAUGCCUCUCACCAAAUCCCCUGCGGACAUCCGCACCGCUGCUUCUGCUGCAGCCGCAAUGAUGAGGACCGAAGCUACUCAUCUUGUACCUCAGCCUCACCGUGAGGACGCUAACACUAUUGUUGACAAUAGUGCUUCAACUUUGUGGUUUCAAACUGAUUUUGUAGAUGAGGAAGCCAUAUUUGCUAUGCCAAGUUUGCUUGUAGACAUGGCCGGGGGAAUGCUUAUGUCACCGCCCAGAAUGAGCUCCCCUCCGUCGGAUAACUUGCCUGAGAAGCAAACCGGAGAAACUUUGUGGAGUUAUUUUUGA